AUGGAAAGUGUAGUGUCAACAUGGUGGGAGCCCCAGGACACUGACAUUGAUCAAAAAUCUCCCAGUCAGAGACAAGUAAUGGGGGUGACACAGAGUCUGAUAUUUUUGCUAUCUUUUCAGCUCUUGCAGCUGAUAAAAGGUUCUACGGUAUGGCUAAAUGAGAAUGGCUAUGAGGAUCUGGUUGUUGCAAUUAAUCCCCAGGUACCAGAAGAUGCCAACAUAAUCCUGAACACAAUGAACAUGAUUAAAAAUGCUUCUAAUUACUUGUUUGAAAUGACAAAACAUCGAUUUUUCUUCAAGUCUGUAAAAAUUAUAAUUCCUAAAACAUGGAAGAAAAAUACCAACUACUCAAGAAUAAAAACAGAAUCAUAUGAUCAGGCAGAUGUCAUCAUAGCAGACUAUUAUAUGAAACAUGUAGAUGAUCCUUAUACCUUACUGUACGAAGGAUGUAAGAUGAAAGGACGGUACAUCCAUUUCACACCUAACUUCUUGUUAAAUGAAAAUCUCACUAAUGUUUACGGAGAAAAAGGUCGAGUAUUUGUCCAUGAAUGGACUCACUUUCGAUGGGGGGUGUUUGAUGAAUACAGUAGAGACAUGCCUUUUUAUGUGUCUGAAAAAGCAGCUAUUGAAGCAACAAGCUGUCCAGCUGGUGUGACUGGUAUUCCUGUUUUCCAAGACUGCAGAGGAGAUAUAUGUAAGCCAAGAAGCUGUAGAUAUGAUGGUCAGCUAUAUGAAAAAGGAUGUGUAUUUAUUCCAGAUAUACGCCAAAAUAUCUCAUGUUCUAUUAUGUAUAUGCAAUACGCACGUCCUGUGGUUGAAUUUUGUGAUCAAAACACUCACAACAGUGAGGCUCCAAAUAUGCAGAACAAGAUAUGCAACCACAAAAGCACGUGGGAGGUAAUUAUGGAAUCUGAUGACUUUCGCAACUCGACUGCUCUAAAUACUUCUGCACCCUCCUCUGAGACUACAUUCAGGCUACUACAAGCCCAAGAAAGAGUAAUUUGUUUAGUACUGGAUAUUUCUGGGAGCAUGAGAAUGCACAAUCGCAUGGAAAACCUCCAUACUGCUGCAGAGACGUACCUGCUCCAUGUUAUUGAAACUGGCUCCUGGGUUGCAAUUGUCACAUUUGACUCUGAUGCAACUGAAAGAGCUCAUUUGCAACAAAUAACCGAUAAUGGGACACGCCAAAAACUUGUGCAAUUUUUGCCUACAAUUCCUAGUGGACUGACCAAUAUCUGUGCAGGGAUACAUAAAGGACUUAAGGUAAUUGCAAACAAAAUGAAUACUACAUAUGGUUCAGAAAUUGUGUUAUUGACGGAUGGAGAGGACCCAGGGAUAGCAGCUUGCUUUAAUUUGGUGAAACAAAGUGGGGCUAAAAUUCACACCAUUGCAUUGGGGCCACAGGCAGACAAGAAACUAGAACAACUUUCAGAACUAACUGGAGGUUUAAAGCUUUGUGCUCCAGAUGGAGUUGUUCCCAGCAAAUUAAUUGAAGUGUUCAGUGCAAUUACCUCAGGAAAUGGAGAUACUUCUGAACAAUCUAUUCAGCUUGAAAGCAAAGAGCUAGUUGUUCAGCAUUCUGCAUGGAUGAACACUACUGUGCCUGUUGACAAAACUGUGGGAAAUGACACUUUCUUCAGCAUUGCAUGGAACCUGUCUCAGCCAUUUUUUUUCCUGAGGGACCCCAAAGGAAAAGAAUAUGGAAGCUCAGACUUUACAAUUGAUAGUUCAAACCCCUACACAGCUAGACUCCGCAUAAAUGGCAUUGCAGAGGAGGGUGAUUGGCAGUUUUAUAUUAAAAAUGUUCACACAGCAACUCAAGGUAUAUCAGUAACAGCUACCUCUCGACCAGCAUGUUAUGAUGUUCCUCCUGUGAUUGCUGCAGUUCACGUGAACAGGGCAAAUACAGCAUUUAAUCCAGUUGUUGUUUAUGCAGAGGUUAGCCAAGGGUUUUGGCCUGUUCUUGGUGCAACAGUGACAGCCACUAUAGAGAAGGAUGAUGCUACAGCAGUAACCCUUGAACUUCUUGAUAAUGGUGCAGGUGCUGACAUGAUGAAGAGUGAUGGAAUCUAUUCAAGAUACUUUACUUCUUUACAAGGCACUGGAAGAUACAGCCUAAAAGUGAAGUCCCAUGGAAGAAAUGCAACCACCAGUCUUAGCCUCAAGCGAAAUCAAGCCUCGUAUAAUUCAGGCUACAGAGAAAAUGGUAAAAUUUACAUGACUGCACCAAGACCUGAAUUUGCUGAUGAAGAAAUCCAAGUCCAGCUGGGAAGUUUCAGCAGAAUUUCAACAGGUUCUUUUGUAAUGAGUACAGGAGAUCCUGCUCCUAUUUAUCCACCCUGUAAAGUUACAGACCUUCAUGCUCGUAUAGAAAACAGAACAAUAGUGUUGUCUUGGACAGCUCCAGGAGGUGAUUUUGACAAUGGAAAAGCUGAUCACUACAUAAUAAAAACCAGUAAAAAUCUUCUGGACCUAAGGAAUAACUUUGAUCAUGCUACUUCUGUGAAUUGCUCUAAUCUCAUACCUAAGGAAGCUGGUAGAGAAGAAUCAUUUGAAAUUCAACCAGAAAAUAAAACAGAAAAUGGCACCAAAAUCUACUUUGCUAUAUGUGCUGUUGAUGAUACCAACUUGAUUUCAGAGGUGUCUAAUAUAGCCCAAACCACAUGGUUCCUUCCUCCAAAAGCAUUUGUGCCUUUAAAUCACCAAGGCAGCACUAACGGUGCCAACACUGCAGUAAUAGUGGCAGUAGCAACUCUGUGUGCAGCAGUUGUCUGUACUAUCAUAAAUUCAACUCUCUAUGUUUUUAGCAAAAAGAAGGGAAGACUGGAGAUUGAAAAAAUGCAAAGGCAUGUGUAAAAUAAAAUGAAAAAAUAGAAGGAAUUUACUGCAAUUUUUGCUACGCAAGUUUCAAAGUAGGAAAAGAGGUAUUUGUACAUUAAAAACA